AAUUAAUUAAAUAAACAGCAUUGUCUCUCAUUUUUCCAUUGGAGAACUUCCCACCAUUCCUUCUCCACAUUCUCCAUUCCUAAGCGGGCUUCUCUUUCUCACAUCACAUCACAAAAACGAAACCACGCGCAUUCAAUUCGUGGACAAGUUGCUGAAACAGUUUAAUCUUCGAUUUCUCUGUGUGUGUGUAUUUGUGUUUUUUUUUGCGUUUUGUUUUGCGUUGAUUCGGUUUCGGUUUCCAUUGCCGAGAAAACGAAACUAAAACGAUUUCGGGGAGCUGUUGUUGGGGUGGGGAUGGCGGAGACAGUUUCUUCCGGGGGAUUGUGAUAAAACGUGGUCUUCGAAACCACGCGCGUACCUUUCGUGGUUUUGAACGGAACAGAGCGUCGUCGUUUACUCUGGUGCCUCUCUGCUUCGGUUGGUGGGGAUAUCAUAUGAAGUCUCAAAAUCCGGUAUCUCAGGCCGGAGAUCCUAAGAGUAGGAGAACAUAUAUAUACACAAUUUUCCCAGCUGCUUCUUUGUUCUGUCUUGUUUUAUUUUUUGGAAGUGCAUUUGUAGCUCCAGACAGCAAGCUGACUUUAUCUAGAUGGGCAAGAGAAGAUAGUUAUCAGAAUUCAGAAUCGAACAAAUGCGAGAAUCAAUGCAGGCCUCCGGGAAGUGAGGCGUUGCCUGAAGGCAUUGCUGUGAAGACUAGUGACUUGAAAAUGAGACCGUUAUGGGGCUUUCUAGAGGAUGAUAAAAAUUCGUCCAAGAACCUAUUCACAUUGCCUGCCGGAAUAAAGCAAAAGGAUCUUGUAAAUAGAUUGGUCAAAAAGUUUCUAUCUUGUGGUUUCGUUGUGAUGCUUUUCCACUAUGAUGGUACUGUGGAUGAAUGGAAGGCUUUUGAAUGGUAUGAUCAUGUCAUUCAUGUUUCUGUACCCAAUCAAACUAAAUGGUGGUUCGCAAAGCGUUUCUUGCAUCCUGACAUAGUUGCUGAAUACAGCUACAUUUUUCUCUGGGAUGAGGACCUUGGAGUUGACCAUUUUGACCCUAGAAGGUAUUUGUCAAUUGUAAAGAAGGAAGGGCUUGAGAUAUCACAGCCAGCACUCGAUCCUAUAUCUGAGGUGCAUCAUCAACUUACUGUGCGCUCAAGGAACUUAACAGUCCACAGAAGGACUUUCAAGGCUAUGGUUAAUGGGACGGGGUGUGAUAGCAGCAGCACAGCUCCUCCAUGUACUGGGUGGAUAGAAAUGAUGGCUCCUGUUUUCUCUAAAGCUGCCUGGCGUUGUGUAUGGUAUAUGGUCCAGAAUGAUUUGAUUCAUGCUUGGGGUCUCGAUAAGCAGCUUGGUUACUGUUCACAGGGCGAUCGAACUAAAAAUGUAGGUGUUGUGGAUGCUGAGUACAUAGUCCAUCAUAACCGCCCAACACUCGGAGGCAUGACUGACAAGAGGGCGUUACGUUAUUCGCGUUAUAAAAAUCCUAGGUUGGAUGUGAGGAGACAGUCGUAUAUGGAGCUGAAUAUUUUCGCGCAACGGUGGAAGAAGGCAGCUGAGGAGGACCAAUGUUGGAGGGAUCCGUUUGUACAGCCAUUAUAGCAGUGGAUUGUCUUGAAGUUGUGCAGAUUGUGUACCAUAUUAAAAAAGUAGAGGUCAUACUGAGAUUUCAAGGCAGUGAUGAAGAAGCUGUGCAUAGAUAUGCUUGUAAUCAUUCAUUCUUUUGUGAAAACAAAAGAAAUGCAAAGGUAUGUAUGUAAUUGAUAUAUAUAAUAAGCAAGCAAUUGGAAUAAUAGCUUCAUGUCUAUCAUCGGAUGAAGACUAUUUGCA